AGCCUUUGGCUUUGCUUUAGUUUCAGCGUUGUCGUGUUUGAAAAUCGUGGACGUCAGGAGGAGUGUUGCAGAGGUGCUCUAGCUAGGCCAGGGGCGGCAGCCUGUGUGCCUGUGUACUAGUAUUCUUGGCAGGGGCACGCGUCUCUGUUUUAUUUUUCAAGUAGAGUGUGCUGAGAGAGGAGAUUUGCCAAAAUGCCGAAUCUGUCGCUGAAGGUCAACAUCCCGAGCACGGGGGCCGUCAAGACCAUGCAGUUCGAUGCGAACAUGAUGGUCUACGACGCGUGCAAGCUGAUUCGAGAUCGUCUGCCGGACCCGUCUUCAUCAUCAGCCAAAGACUUUGGCAUGUUUCUGCCAGACGAGGAUCCCAAAAAGGGGGUAUGGCUGGAGCCCGGCAGAACACUGGAGUAUUAUCUACUCAAGACUGGAGACCUGGUGGAGUACAGGAAGAAGAUCCGACCGCUACGUGUGAAGAUGAUGGAUGGUGCGCUGAAGACAGUCAUGGUUGAUGACAGUCAAAUCGUGGAAGAUCUUGUCAAAACCAUUUGCGAGCGUAUUGGUGUGUCCAAUUACGAGGAGUAUUCUCUGAUUCACGAAGAGGACGAUGGCGAUGAGGACAAGAAGAAGCCAUCGGACAAGGAAAAGGAGCUGAAAGUGCGCGACGCCAAGAAGAUGGAGCAGAUCCGCAAGCAGUGGCACACGGACGACGAGCUGCACUGGCUGAACCAGGACAAGUCUCUUCGCGAGCAGGGCAUUGACGAGACGUCGGUGCUGACGCUGCGCAAGAAGUACUUCUUCUCCGAUCAGAACGUGGACCGCAACGAUCCCGUGCAGCUCAACCUGCUCUACGUGCAGGCCCGCGAUGGCAUCCUGCAAGGCAGCCAUCCGGUCUCACAGGAUGAAGCCUAUCAGUUUGCUGCUCUGCAAGCUCAAGUGCAGUACUCCAACUAUGACAGCAGCAAGACCAAGGCAUACGUAGAUGUGAAGGAGUUCUUGCCGAAGGAAUACCAGAAGAAAGGUGUUGAGAAGCGUAUCUUGACCGAGUAUGCCAAGCUGACCGGCUUGACGGAGCUGAACGCCAAGUUCCGCUACAUUCAGCUCAGCCGAUCGCUGAAGACGUACGGUGUUAGCUUCUUCUUGGUCAAGGAGAAGAUGAAGGGAAAGAACAAGCUGGUGCCGCGACUGCUCGGUGUGACCAAGGAGAGUGUGAUGCGCGUGGACGAGAAAACAAAGGAGGUUAUGAAGACUUGGCCGUUGACGACUGUAAGGCGAUGGGCCGCGUCUCCCAACAGCUUCACUCUGGAUUUCGGUGAUUAUUCCGAGUCGUACUACUCAGUUCAGACAACGGAAGGAGAGACCAUCUCCCAGCUGAUUGCAGGCUACAUCGAUAUCAUUCUGUCACGGCAAAAGCAACCGGAAAGACCCCUGAUGGAGAUGGACAAUGAAGCAACCAUGCAUGAAGAUGAAGUAGCCCCUGGAAGAGCAUACUCCAUGCAGUACCAGCAGGGUGACGCCGGCCGAGGAAGCGAGGGCAACGUGGCCAUGCCGGGCGUGAUGCGCAACGCUCAGAUGCCGCUCAACAGCAUGCAGCUGGGCGUGUUCCCGUCCAACGAGGGCGAGGGACGAGUGCGCGAGACCAUGACGCGUGGCAACAUGCCGCCCGACGGUCAGAUGGGCUCCAACACCAGCACUUCGGCUGCUCAGCAGGCGUUGACGGGCAACAUCAACAACACGCUCGGCGUCAUUCGCAACAUCAUCCCAGACCUGCAGAACCCGAUGGACCUUCCUCCGAUUGGAAAUGACCCCGGCUCUGUCGGCUGGAAGCAGAACCAGAUAGACCUGCAGCGGCAGAACGUGUCCUCGCAGGUGACCGCCAUCACAGCCGCGGCAGCACAGGUCGUCACUCUGACCAGCGGCGACCCGGCCGAAACAAACUACACCGCCGUCGGCUCUGCUGUGACCACUAUCUCAUCGAACAUGUCCGAGCUGGCCAAAGGCCUGCCCAUGCUUGCUGGUCUGCUGUCGGACACGAACGACUCCAACAAGAUCCUGGAGGCGGCUCGCAAUCUGGCCGAUGCCGCUCAGGGACUACUGCAGUCCGCUUUGCCCGAGAACCAAGCGAAUCGUCAAGCUCUGCUCGCUGCACUGGGAGAGACCGGUGCUGCUGGUGGCAAUCUGCUGGCCUUGAUCGGUGAAGAGCAGGUGGACAAGCAGUAUCAGGACGACUUGAUGGCACUUGCCCAGAACGUGGCUGCUGCCACCCGCCAGCUGGUGCAGCGCUCCAAGCAGGUGGCGACGGAAUGCGACGACAAGCAGCUGCAGUCUAACGUCAUCGAGGCGACCAAGCAGUCCGCCAUGUCCACAUCGCAGCUGGUCGCAUGCACCAAGGCUCUCGCCAGUGUGGUUCACAGCCCGCUGGCUCAGGAUCAGCUUAUUGCCGCCGCCAAGCAGGUUGCCGACGCCGUCGAGAAGGUGGUGGGCAAUUGCUCCCAGGCCACCGACAACGACAAGCUACUGGAGCCGGUGGGCACGGCCGGAACGGACGUGACCCAGGCUGUCAAUGCACUGCUGAACAAGGUGCGCGAAGGGCCCGCCGUUGCCGUCAGAGGCCGACACGACGAGGCAUGCGAUGCCGUGCUGGCUGCCAUUGAUCGCCUCCACAAUGCCCAGGGAAAUCCUGCCGAGAUGGCCAAACAGGCUCGUUCUCUGGCUACAGCGUCUUCUCAGAUGGUGCAGAGUCUGCGUGAUGAGGCGUCAGGUCUCACCGACAAGGCGGCCAUUGAUCGCCUGCUCCAGGGCGCCAAGGCCUUGGCCGACGCCACUGCUCGCAUGGUGGCUGCGGCGAAAACCGCCGCCAGCAAUCCGGCGGACGAGGACGCCCAGGCGGGGCUGAAGAAGGCGACGGACGAUCUGCGAAACGCCAUGAACGCCGCUGCCGGGGACGGCCUGCGCAAGAGAGUCAUCAAGCGUUUGGAGUUUGCUGCCAAGCAGGCUUCCGCUUCUUCCACACAGCUGAUUGCCGCGGCGCAGGGAGCAUCGGCAUCCAACAGGAACCCAUCCUCACAGCAGCAGCUGGCCGCCCAUGGCAAGCAUGUUGCUGACGCCGUCGGUACGCUAGUGCAGGCUAUCCGCCAGAGCACGACACAUCCUGAUAGUGCAUCGGCACAGCUCCAGCUUAUCAAUGCCAGCCAGCAGCUGAUCCAGCCGGCCAGCAAGCUCAUUGCUGCAUCGAAGGCAGCCGUGCCAACAGUCGGUGAUCAAGCUGCUGCAUUGCAGCUGGGCAACUUUGCCAAGACAACAGCUCAGGCGCUGGCUGACCUACGCUCAGCAGCCAACAAGGCACUGGAGGCAUGCGGCUCCCUGGAGCUGGACAGUGCUGCGGACACGAUCCGCGAGCUGAUCAAGGACGUGGACACGUGCAUGCGGGUGGCAAAGGAGGAAGAGCUCAUGUCGCUGCCAGGCGAGACCCUGGAGACGGCCGCUCUAGAGCUGGGUGCCACCAGCAAGACCGUGGGUUCGUCCAUGGCACAGCUCCUCACUGCAGCGUCACAGGGUAAUGAGAACUACACCGGCAUUGCAGCACGCGAUGUCGCCAAUGCCCUUAAGGUGCUGAACAACGCCAGCCGUGGCGUCGCUGCCGGCUUCAACAAGCAGCCCGAGGCGCAGGAGGCCGUUCUCAAGUCGGCGCGCACCGUCAUGGAGAACUCUCUGAGUCUGGUACUCCAGGCCAAGCAGUCUCUGGCCGACCCCACCUCACCGGAAAACCGCAACAACUUGGCUCGGGCGGCGAAGGCAGUGUCUCAAGCGCUGGGAGCCAUGAUUGGUUGCUUGCCAGGCCUGCGUGAUGUCGACGCCGCCAUCAAGAGUAUUGCGAGUGGUAGUCAGAAACUGCUUGCUGGACAGUACCCUCACCUGGCCGAGUCCUACCAGCAGCUGCAGCUAGCGCUCAGCGAGGCCGGCGCAGGGCUCAACGCGUCCGCCGCCAACCUGGUCGUGUCGUCGCGCGGCAGCAACGACAUGCUGGCGGCGGCGGCCAAGAAGUUUGCCGACGAUUUCCUGAAGAUGCUCAAUGCCGCCAUGGCAGUGGCCGGAGCAGCCAGUGAUAAGGGAGACCAGUCUCAGGUGGUCGGCUACACACGUAAUGUCUCCGUCGCCGCCAGCAAACUGCUGCUGGCUGGAAAGGCGCUCGCGGCCGAUCCCAACGCGCCCAACGUCAAGAACAAUCUGGCGUCGGCUGCCCGCAAUGUCACGGAGUCGAUCAACUCGUUGCUCGGCCUGUGCUCGUCCAACACGCCUGGGCAGCGCGAGUGUGACAAUGCCUUGCGCACCAUCCAGGCCAGUGCCAACAUGCUCGAUAACAUCAACGAGCCGGUCAACGCCAAGACAUUCUUUGCCUGCCAGGAGACCGUCAGGGAUACGGCCACGAAAUGUGGCGAGCUGAUGAGCAAGAACAUUGGCAGUCAGCUGAAGGCCAACAACAUGAAUGGCUUUGGAGAUGAUAUGAGCAGCGCCGCGCAGUGCGUGUGCCAGAUGAUCGAGACCGCCACUCAGGCGUCGUAUCUAGUCGGCAUCUCUGACCCAUCAAGCAUUGCCGGCACGGCUGGCGUGGUGGACAGCACCACCAUAGCACAGGCGCACCAGGCCAUCAAGGACGGCUGUGAGACCCUGGUGAGCCCCAACGCCACACAGCAGCAGUUGCUCUCCGCCGCCACGCAUGUCGCCAAGCACACGUCCACCCUGUGCACGGCUUGCAAGCAGGCAUCCGCCAAGACCAGCAACGCGGUGGCCAAGAAGCACUUUGUGGCCGCAGCCAAGGACGUGGCCACGCGUACCGCACAGCUCGUUCAAGCAAUCAAGGCUCUUUCCAGCAACCCAACUGAGGAGAAUCGCGCCGCGUGUUCCAACUCCACUGGUCCUCUGAUGGAGGCCGUUGAUGGCCUCGUGACAUACUCUUCUUCGCCAGAGUUUGCCUCGGUCCCCGCACAGAUCAGUCCACCAGCCCAAGGUGAGAUGCGUCCCAUCACGGACGCCGCUCGCAACAUGGUGGCAUCGAGCUGCAGCUACAUCACGGCUGCGCGCAACCUGUGUGCCAAUCCCGACGACAAGCCCAACUGGCAGCUUCUCAACCAACACGGCAAGGCGGUGGCUGAUGCCAUGCGCAAGCUGCUCGAGGAGAUAGUUGCCAAGGCACCUGGCCAAAGGGAAUGUGACGAUACCAUUGACAAGAUGAACCAGUUUGUCAACGCCAUCGACCAGGCGACACUUGGUGCAAUCAGCAACACCCUACGACCACACACGGACUCUACUCUGGAGGGCUUCCACAAGCAGGCACUGCAGGCACUUGGUGAGGUGUCUGAUCAUAUCGAUCCACUCAGUGUCGCGGCCAAGACGGAAUCUGAGAAGCUUGGCCACCAGGUUGCCUCGAUCUGCAAUCAGUUCGGUCCGCUGAUGAACGGCGUUGUGGGUGCUGCUAGUCGCACCAAGGAUCACAACAAGCAGGUGGCGCUGCUCAACCAGGCCAAGACGCUGGCCGAGUCCAUGCUGGAGAUGCUCUAUGCAGCCAAGAGGUCUGGUGGAAACCCAGAAGCCGUUGCCGCUCACGACAUGGUUGACGAGACGGCACAGGGAACACGUGACGCUAUCAAGGACCUGAGCGAUACGCUAGAGACAGCCGCUUCAGCCAGCGGCGCUGUAUCAACGUUGGUUGAUAGCAUUCAAAAGGCUUCAAUGAAGGUCGACGAGCCACUCAUGGCUGCUCCAGAGAAGUCUUAUGUCGACUAUCAGGGCAACAUGGUGCAGACGGCACGCCGCAUUGCCAUGAAGAGCCAGGAUGUGCUUGGCAAGGCCGGUCAGGACCCGAGCGCUAUCAUGCCACUGGCCCAGGAUGUGGUGCAGCAGUACAGCAACCUGGCAUCGGACGCACGCCACGCCGUGGCCGCUACCGACCAGCAAGACGUCGGCUUCCGCAUCAAGGAGAGCGUUCAGAACCUGGGCAAGUCCACCACUGACCUGGUCCUUGGCGCUGCUGCUGUUGCCGGGAGUCCUAGUGAUCCGCAGUUCAGACGCGAGCUCUCCGAUGCAGCACGUGCUGUCUCAGAGAAGGUGUCGUACGUGCUGGCAGCCCUACAGGCCGGAUCACGCGGAACCCAGGCCUGCAUCGACGCCAUGGACGAGCUUCAGGGACUCAUCGGCGACCUGGACACCACGUCUAUGUUUGCCGCGGCCGGCACUCUGACCUCCGAGUCGGGUUCGGGCACGGCCUUUGCAGAGCAUCGUGAUGCCAUCUUGGAUGAGGUGAAGCGCAUGGUGAAGGACACCGAGGAGUUGGUAGGCAGUGCGGCCGGAUCUCAGCUGAAGUUGGAACAGGCGGCCAAGAACGCCAUGGGAACCACCAAGAGGCUGGUCGGAGCUGCCAAACUUGGAGCAUCUGCGCUUGGACCAGAGGACAAGGAAGCACAGGUUCUAAUUCUGAACGCUGUCAAGGAUGUUGCUGGCGCACUGUCCGGCCUGCUCGGUGCCACGAAGAAUGCGUCCGGAAAGCCGUCGUCGGCUCCCGAGAUGGAGAAGCUGCGCGUAGCGGCCAAGCAAAUGGUUGGCAACGUCACGUCGCUGCUGAAGACCAUGAAGAGUGCGGAGGACGAGGCGGCGCGCGGUGCUCGCGCCAUCGAGUCCGCACUGGACGCCAUCAGCCUGGAAAUGGCCGCCCUGACGUCGGCCGACCCACCCAAGAUCCACGCUAGUCCUGAGGAGCUCAUCAUGGCCACCAAGGGCAUCACCAGCGCCACUGGCAAGGCCGUCGCCGCCGGCAACUCGGGCAAGCAGAACGAGGCGGUCGCCGCGGCCAACAUGGGUCGCAAGGCCGUCGUGGGCCUGCUGCAGGCGGUCAAGUCGACGGCGAUGCAGGCCGAGACGCCACAGAUCCGUGACGGCGCGCUGAUGGCAGGACGCCAGUGCGGACAGGCGUACUCCGCUGUGCUUUCACACAUGCUGGAGAUGACGCAAAAGAAAGAUCCCAGCAUGAAGAGGAGUUUGCCUGAGCUCUCCAAGGCGGUGGCUAUAGCCGUGGGCAACGUUGUGCAGUCUGCGCAAUCUCUGAAGGGCUCCGACUGGGUCAACCCCGACGAUCCCAACGUCAUCGCCGAGAACGAGCUCCUGGCCGCUGCGGCCGCCAUCGAAGCAGCCUCCAAGCAGCUGCAGCAACUCAAGCCCAGACAGAGCAAGCAUGAGGCCGACGAGUCGCUGUCGUUUGACGAGCAAAUCUUGGCGGCGGCCCGUGCCAUCACGGCAGCCACCGGUGCCCUGGUCAAGUCCGCUACCCAAGCCCAGCGUGAGCUGGUGGCACAAGGAAGAAUAUCGUCAGGCUCUGGUGGAGCACGCUAUCUGCAGGACGACGACGGACAGUGGUCACAGGGAUUGGUUUCUGCCGCCAAAAUGGUAGCAGAGACAACUGGUCAACUGUGUGAAGCCGCCAAUGCCGUAGUGCAGGGAGGCGCCUCGCAGGAGAAGCUGGUGGCGGCCGCAAUGGGUGUGUCCAAGUCCACCGCCCAGCUGCUGCUGGCAUGCAUGGUCAAGGCCGAUCCUAACAGCGACUCGUCACGCCGACUCCAGGAGGCUGGCAAUCACGUCAAGCACGCUGCCGAGGGUCUGGUGAAGGCAGCCCAGCAGGCCGCCGACGACGAGGCGGCCAACGUCGACAUCCACCGCAGCACCAAGGCCACCGGCCGCAUUGCCCAGGAGCUGGAGGCGCAGGAGGCCAUCCUGCGCAAGGAGCGCGAGCUGGAGGACGCGCGCAACCAGCUGAUGCGCCUGCGCAAGCUCAAGUACGGCGGCAGUGGCGGAGCGUCGUAAGCGCGCUCUGCUCUGCUCUGCUCUGCUCUGCUCUCUCUCUCUGGGUGGGCAUUCUGGAGCGGCCGCCGUCAGGCACUGCCACAGUCACUGCCACAGUCACCAUCAUCACCUCUGUUUACUGUCAUGCGCACACCGCCGUCCGCAGUGAUCCCCAUGCUUGUGUGCCGUGCACAGACACACACUCACUCACACACACACACGCUUUUAGUAGCAGCUGACAGCGUACAGCACAGUAGCUAGUGUGAAGAUUACAGCGCUGUCCCGGAGAGUACUUCGCGACGGGAUGGCUGUGUCGCACUGGCGCCCCAUGUACCACUGUUCUUCAUUUAGGUUUUAGGUACGCUAGCUUGAUUCUGUAUGUGUACCCCCCCCCCCCCCCCCUUGUCCCCGUCCUCUGCCCUCCACUCACUGUAUUCCUAUCCCGUAAUCAAAUGAGAGCUCCUACACUGAGCAUUGCACAGUGUGUGAUUGUCGCUGCCUGGCUGGGUUCACCUACCUCCCAGUGUGUCGGUGCUUCACGGUGUAGCUUACAAAAGCAGUGAGGCCGGCCCAGUGUUCCUGCGAGCCGUUUCGGCACGUAUGCUCUGAGCCUCUCGCACAUCCCUAGGCCCUGCGCAACAUCAGCCCUAACACAACCAAGGGCCAGAAUACACAUCGUCCAUCAAGGCUCUGUUCCAUGUCGCUGACUUUUACCCGCACACAUUACUGAUACUCCUUGCCUGUGUGUGCCCUAUUUCUCCUCUCCUCAGUCCCUAUAAUAAUACUUAUGUACAUGAUGAUUGUUUAGAGUCCGCUGCCCAACCUAAACACAAACUCACAAACAGAUACUAAAUUUUACAUUUUUAGCGCCGGUCAUGCUCUUUAUAUUAGCGUUACGAUAAGUGACGUUUUCCGUGCUGUUGCUUUAUCCUGCCGUGAUCCAGGCCCCGCGUAUCGUUCUUUCUUUCUUGCUUUCCCCACGGUUGUUUUCUUCUCGUAUUCCUUUGCGUGUGCCCGAUCGCCCGGGUAUUCCCCCCGACCCUACGGUUCCCAGUUCCCGUCAUGUCUGCUCUACUAUUCAAAUAAUUCAGAUGGUUACUUCUGCAGCAGCCCAACGCCUAGAUCCUGAUCUAGCGGAUCGGCCAUGAUGCGCCGCUGCUGAACGCGCAGCGUGCUCAGUUGUGAUGCAAACGUACAGUCACGUAGCGGCCAUUUUUCUGUCUCUUCUCUCCCUUAUAUUCUUGUUCUGGAAAGGCGCUCUUUCCGGCUGCAUUUCAAGUCCUCCGUUUAUCAGAAUUGCCAUAUCCUUAUGUUCAUCA